UUAAGCUGUAAAUUUGCUGGGAAUUAAAACUACAUUUUAAUCUUGUCCAUGCAGGCUAUCCCUGGCAGAGAAGUUAUCAAACCGACUUGUCGAGGUGAUCAACAUCAGAGACAAGGAACCUGCCAAGUGCAACAUCAUACUAUUGCUUCUAAUGGCCUUUUUGGAAUUCUGCCUCCCUCUGCAGUUAAUUAUCAAAACACUGGAAUGCAUCAACCUUACCUCAAUAGGAAAGAUCCCAAUAUGUGAUCUUUUCCUAUUGAGCCCUGUGGAACUGGUUAAUGUUUGCUGCCUCUUACUGAGUCUGAUGACAGUGGAUAAAGAUACUAUACAGGGUGGACACUAUGAAUAUAAUGAGCUGUACUGCUGCCUAUACUUCCUAUUGCAGGAGAUUAUCCAGAGGGGAUGCCCACAGGACAUUUUCAUGGGAUUAUUGACAACAUGGAAUUUCCGCUAUAAAUGGUUCUAUGAUUUCCUGGCCACAGAGAUUGUGCUGCUGUUUGCAUUAGUGCCUGUCUUCUAUGACCAGGUUGGCAAAAAUACAAGAGUGAACAACAUUCUAACUCUAGCCACUGGAGACAUUGACUUUGCCACUGAUAUUGCAGAAAUGAUCCAAGGCAGAAACUGUCAAAAGGAAGAUAAAGAAAGUUUACGUGCGGCGGCUUCAGAACUUGUUAUCCAGAGGGUCUACCAAUGCAAGAGAAGAAUCAAUAGAAACUACAAAAGUAAACAGCAGUUUUCUUUUCCACUAAAGACAAACAAAUUAUUGCCAUGUAAAUCCAUCUCAGAAUUAAUUCUGGCCAGUGAUCGUUUGCAUCAAGGCAUUCGAAGAUCACCAAGGAAAAGAUUAUCAUUAACGCAUUCAGCUAAAUCUAAGGAGCCUUGUCGAAUGCCAGCUCUAGGAGAUUAUCUUCUUACUGCGUCACAGAUUAUGGGACAAAUUGUUCGACUUCCAAAUCCCCUGGUUGCAGAGAUCCAAGCAGAUGUUUUUUUAGCUGACAAUAAUUCUUUUUUAACCGACGGAGAAUUGAACACGUGCAGAUAUUAUGCUUACGUGGACCUACAUCAGCUGGAAUGGGAUGAAGUCCUUGGUUACUGGAAACUACCCACAUCCCUGGCAAAAGGAUGUACUGCAUGGAUGACUGGGGAAGAGAAAACUUUGAUUGCCAUGGGUGAAGGUAUAGAAGAAGCACUUGUUAAACUCCAGGUUCAAAAGAAGCCCGGAAGGCAGUCGAUGAUUGCCAAACGUAGAAUAAAGGUGGCUAAGGUGGAAAAGGGACAUACAGAAUCGAAAGCAGAGUGUAUAAAUGUUGAGCAUGAAGAUGAGAUAACCAAGUCAGAAAUAAGUCUCGUACAAUUACAGUCUGAGGAGAAACAAAAAAUUCUGCUUGACAUAACAUCAUUAUUAACGAUCGGCCAACAGAAAGUUUCUCCAGAAUCAAAUAAUGAUUGCAACCCUGAGGUUAUCCCUUCUGAAACUGCUGCCUCAAUGGAAUAUGCUAUAUUAUCUGAAAUGCAGGAUGAACAGAUAAGUCCAGAAAAGCAGCCAGAAAAUUUACCGCCUUGCCAGACAAGUUGUUUUGAAGCUUUGGAAAGUGAAAUCCCGGAGAUAUCAGGGAAGACAAGAGCACUGUUAAAAUAUGCCAAUAGAUCCAGUAAGAAGCUUCCACAGCCAGACAAAUCAAGGAGGGAGAUUGAAGUCACUAUUCCCAUCAUAUCACUUGAUCAUUGCCUCUCGGAAUUGCAUAAUACUGAUUUAAUGUGCUCUCUGCCCAGCAAGUCAGAUCCCAUCUGUGCUUCCCGCAAACACCCACACCACAGAAAAGGCAAAAAGAUAUUUUCUCCAAUACAACCACAAAGCAAUGAAAACCAGUCUUCUCGGUCAUCCGUGCAGCUCGAGUCGACAUCAUGUAAGCGGACUCAACAAGGCAAACAUGAAAGUAAACCGAAAAGGGAGAGAAAAAUGAAAAGGAAGCCACAGAUCAUUACUAGAAUCAUGUCUGCUGCAGAAUCAGGAACGGGACAAACAGAGUUGGAAGCCCAGCUUACAAAUUACUUUGCUGAACAAACAGAUAAACUAACUAAGACAACAACAUGGAAGCCAAUCCGCAUUCAUGGAAAAGGCAUAAUGUCAACAUCACCUGGCCUGGAUGUGAUUGGGUUUAAGAAAUCAAGUCCCUUUCAGCUACAGAGUGAAGAGAAAGACAAGUUCCUGUUUGAUGCUGAAUCACUGCUAAAGAUCAAGAAUCACAGACCUUCCUCAGCAAGGCUUAGUGAUUGUAAGUUUGAGGUUAUGUCCGCUACAAUUGCUGACUCUGUGGAAAUUUCCGGAAAGCUGGAAAAAUGUCAAGAAAGAUACAUUAAAAAUGAUACAGCUGAAAAUUGGUACAAAGAAUACAGUGAUUCACCCCCUCAGGAUGAAUGCAUGCGGCCAGACAGUGCAACGUCCUAUCAAGAGAAGUGCAUGGAAGCUUGGAAAUGUUUCUCCCGAGAGAAACGUUUGAGUGUAGAGGAUCUGUGGUAAAAAGUGCUAACGCCUCCCAUAAGAAGUCUCCGAAGGCAUACACAAUGUUGGCUGGUAAACCAAGCCCCACCAGAGCAACCGAUAACUGUUCCAAAACAUCGUGUAGUGUUUAUUCACUGUGCUCGCCACAUGGGUCUGAUCAAACACCUGUCCCUCCAAAUGGGCAAGAACGUAAGAAGAGCAGAAGGAUUUCUAAUGCACACAGCUACCAAUCCAAGAAUGUGCUCAGAAGACAAGAAAAGAAUCUUUGUGAGCAGCAGAGAAUUACUCUGAUUUACUUCACACCAGACAAUUCCAGCUAAAUGUGAGAAAACUGAUGCCUUUUCGGUGCAUAAGAUGCAAUCAAAGUAAUUAGUUUUGUACCAGUAUAAUUUUCUGUCAUUAUUAAAUACAUGUGUUUACAUUUUUAAUGCUUUUUAUUCAGCAAAUGGUGUGUUUACCACUACAUCCUCUACCAUUCUCACGAGCACUCACAAUGACAUAGAUAGAAACUUACCUUGGGGAGAUAGCAUUGUUUUAGAAAUCCGCCUGAUUUUGAGACUUAUGAUAAAUCCGGGGCACAAUUGGCAGUGUUUCAAAACAUUUUUGUGUUUUGGAUUAUUUACACACCCUGGAUAUCCUCAGGUGUUAUCAAAGCAGAAUGAAAGCUUCAAGAAUAAGGGGAAACAUUGCAUUUGUGUCACAUUGUUCAAUGUAUUGCAAGUUACAAAACGGCAUCAGGGUUAGAAUGGGACUUAAUUGUAGUUGCUCAGUCCAAAUCUAUGCUGGCAUUCCUGUUACUGGCCCAGUCUACUCUGGCGGCACUUUCCAAGCCCAUGACAUCUGCUAUCAAAAAGAGCUAGGCAGCAGGAGCACGGGAACUUCACCACUUGGCAGUUCCCUUCCAACUCGCACAUCACCCUGACCUGACUAUAUACCAACGCUCCUUUACCAUCAUUAGAUCUGAAUCCUGGAAAGCCCGACCCCAACAUUCUUGUGGCAGUACUUUCACCAACAAGGACUGUAGAAGUUCAAAAAAGGUGGCUCACCAUCACCACCACAUCAACAGUAUUAGGGACUAAACAAUUAAUACUAGACUUCCCAGUGUUUGCCCAGAUUCUGAAAAAGUUUUAAAAAGUUGCCGAAAAUGUAGUAUCCUCAUCUCUUCAACUUCAGCCUCCAAUUUUAUGUGACAUGUCCUUUUG